GUAGUUUAAUUCUUCAUGAUUUUGAUCCCAUAUUAUACCCAGUAUUGUUUACAAAACUAGUGGCAAAAUAUUAACGAUGGUGUUAGCACUGAAACUAAUUUUGCUCUUGGUCAGCUUUUCUGGCUUUGUGACACCUUUCGACCUGACGAUAUUACACACGAACGACGUCCACGCGCGUUUUGAGCAGACCAGCGGUACGGCCGGCGGGCCAUGCACGGCCGAGCAAGCGGCGGACGGGGCGUGCUACGGCGGCGUUGCGCGGCGGGCCGCUAAAGUCAAAGAAAUCCGUAACAGCGUGCAGAACGUGCUGUUGGUUGAUGCCGGCGAUGGUUUUCAAGGCACCGUCUGGUUCUACGUAUUCAGGGGACAAGCUACUGCUUACUUCAUGAACAUGCUGGGAUAUGAUGCCAUGGCGCUCGGGAACCACGAGUUUGACAUUGGAGUUGACAGCCUUCUACCCUUCCUUCAAAAUGUCAGCUUUCCGGUCCUGAGCUGUAACAUGAACAGCUCAGGGGAACCUUCAAUGACCGGCCUCUAUGCCUGUCAGACUACGGUGGCACUAGCAAGCGGGGAUCGGGUAGGCAUCGUGGGUUAUAUCCUGGUAGACACACCGCUGUAUACUAAAUCAGGUAACUUGAUCUUCAGUCCCGAGAUCGAUAGCCUACAACCGGCAGUCGACAAUCUAAUCGAAAGCGGAGUCGACGCCAUCAUAGCGCUUGGUCAUUCCGGUAUCGAUACCGAUAUCGAGAUCGCAAAGAAAGUGCGUGGAAUCGACGUGGUGAUUGGCGGCCACUCAAACACAUUCAUGUACACAGGUUCACCCCCUUCAAGCGAGUUACCGUACAGCGACUACCCUCUGACGGUGAGUCCGGACCACGACCCCGACGCCACCGUGCUUGUGGCCUCAGACUACGCCUACGGAAAGUACCUGGGUAGACUGGACCUUACUUUCGACAGUGACGGCGCUGUUUCGAAUUUUGGCGGGAACCCGAUUCUCCUUGACAACAGCGUUCCGCAAGAUACCGAAACCCUGAACGCCAUGCUUCGCUGGAAGGAGACGGUAGACGUAACAGCCAAUCAGAUCGUUGGAAGCUCGCUGGUACCCUUGCGAGGCAACGAAUUCUGCUACUCCACCGAGUGCAACAUGGGUAACGUUCUGGCCGACGCCAUGUUGGCACCUCACAUCAACCGAACAGUUGGAGCUUGGAGUGACGUAGCAGUUGCCAUGACGACCUCUGGGAGCGUCAAGGCAAACGAAGUCCAAAAAGGUGACGUCACCGUCAAUGACCUCCUCUUGAACAUGCCUUACGGUAACACGAUCGACGUCCUCGAGCUCAGGGGAACAAACAUUCUGGACGUACUUGAGCAUUCAGUCAGGAAGUACGAGGCAGGUGGCAAUGCGGGAGAAUUCUUGCAACUGUGCGGGUUACGGGUCUCAUAUGACGUCAGCCGUCCCAUCGGUAGCCGUGUUCUGACCGCGCAUGUGCGCUGCGCAAACUGUGACGUCCCUUCGUACGAGCCUUUGGACAAAGAAACGAUCUACAAAGUUGCGAUGAACAGCUACAUGGCGGGUGGCGGCUACGGAUUCUCUGUAAAUGAAAACAAACUCAGCCACGUCAAAGGUGACCUGGACGUGGACGUGACGUCAGACUAUCUCCGGACUUAUUCUCCAAUCAGAACGGGCGUUGAAGGUCGCGUGACCAUUUACAACGGCGAUGCACCGUGUUAUCAGGACCCGACCAGCGGAGCUGGCAUGAGCUUAAAGGGGCACACGUCGUCGCUAUUUCUCGUUUAUUUCAUCUUCCUUGCUUUAACUUGGGUAUUUGGGGGUUCCUUUAAUUUUGUUUGGAUUGUAUGGAAUUGAGGAAAAUGCCUGAGAGGGGCUAAAACCUCUUCAGUUCUGCUGAGUCCGACUAAAUUGUAUGCUGUAUAGUGAUUGUGUAGGACUACGAUGGGCUCAACAGAGUUAGCUACUAGAUGGCGAGAAACCUCAAGAACUGGUGUAUAAAUUCAAUCAAUGCUGGCCGAAUUCCUGUUUUGGUGUUCUGAUUGUGUUGAUUCCUGCUGCUUUUGCUUGGUUUUAGCUACGGCCUUUUAUUUUUUUCUGGUUUUCCAGCUCUGUCUUUAUGCUGCACAAGCAUGAACAAAGUACAUUAAAAAAUAACAUGAAUCAUUGAAUGUAAUCAUAAGCAAAUAUUGAUCGCCUAAUGUUACACGAUAUUCCCGUGAAAGUACUUAAUUGGCCCCGAUAUUUCCACUAAUUGGCGGGAACGCCAAUCACUUAUUCUAUAUCUCCGACGGGUCUUCUGAAAUUAUGCUGAUGAUUCUAGAAUAGGAUUAGGUUGGAUAUAACUUGAGGAAAUCUACGUUAGAAACCGACAAACAACAGCCAUGAUGGCAAGACCAAGGGCCCCACCAAGUGGAGAGAAAACUUUCCCAAACAAUAACAUAAACUGUAAAGGGCGCCCUCUCCCCAUCCCCCGCCUAUAGCUUAGUGCAAAAUGCAUUGAAAUUUGAUGGCAGCACGCGUAUAAGUUAAAGUAUUUUUUUAAAUAACAUUAUUUUUACCUAUCUGUACAAGAUUUGGCGCUUUUAGAAAAAAGGUGCACAAUUAAAUAGUAACUAUAACACACAUCCGCUGAGCUAUAGUACGGAUGGAUCAGCAUGACAAUAAUCGAUUUUUAUUUCGUAAAGAUACAGAUAUAAUAGGGCACGUUUAUAUGCAUCGUCUACUAUAACAACAACAGGUGGUACAAAGCUAAACAUAAACAAAUGUAUCUCAUUUUUUAU